GUUACUCUAGUUAGAUCUAGAGUAGUUUAUGCUAUUCGGACACCUAUAGGCCCAAAUUUGAAAGUUUGACUUUGACAGCGCAUUAUUUGACAAUGGUUUGACAUAGAAAAGAAAAUGACGUAUCAAAAUCUUCUUUAGUUAAAGGAGAAUAAGGAUGACUACUUAUAUUUGUUCCCCAAACCUAUAUUUAUUAUAUUUAAGGUCAAAGACGCCGUGUGUUUUCAUUUAAUUCGGACACAUUUGACCCACAUUAUUUGAUUCCGGACACAAUAAUUUAUUUCGGACAGUCUCUAUAUUUAGGCAUCAAUAAACUCAGAUUUUAAUUCUAUAUUAACAUUAACUAAAUUUUAAGAUCCCCAGGCAUAGCCCAUCACAUGAAAUCAUAACGAUGUUUUCAAACUAUGCAUAAAUACGAACACAAAAAAAUAAAAAUAUGAACACACUUAUUCUACCAAAAUUAGGUCACUGGAAUAGUGAUUUCUGCACCGACCUUUAGACUUAUUUUAUGUUUGUUUAUUUUAUGUGUGUUGAAUGUUUGGGGUUUGCAUGAUUAGAUGUGUUGAAUGUUUGUGUUUUUUUUGUUUAUUAAUUUAAUAAAUUUCUAAUACAGAUGAUCUUUUGUAGUAUAGUAGGCCCCUACAGGUUACGAUAGCCAUUCUUGCCUAACUGAAUCCUCUAUAUUCUCUCUAUAUAAAUCUAGAUCUAUCUAGUAGGUCUAGAUCUAAGCAUUUAACUUCAUUCAAUGUACCAAGCUCACUCCAAACAUUUGCCCAUUUAUUCUCUAUUUAAAAAUAAUAACAACAAACGAACAAAUAUAAUAUAAGAUCAUUUUUAUUGAUGUCCAAAACUGGCUGUCCGAAAUAAAUUUUGGUAAGAAAAUCGUAAUUUGAUUCGGACACCGUAUUAAUUUUUUUUUGAUAUGGAAUUAGAAAACUUGGCUUAUGAAUCAAAUAAAUUAGCUCCAAAAACAGAAUAAAUAUUGCCGGGCUCAUUAGUAUAGACUUAGAAAAUAAAAAAAUAUAGUCUUAACUCUAGGAAGAGGUAAAGUCAUCCGGGUAACAUAGGAAAAAACAACAACCUGACUAACUAAUUUGAAAUUCGUUUUUCUUACAUAAAAAGAUAGCUAAAUGGAAGGAAAUUGGGUUAGAAUCAUUGGAAAAUGGACAAGCACAUUAUACAGCGCGCUAGUUUUAUAAUACAUAUUAAAAUAAUUAUUUAAUGACCACAAAAAACAGCGAAUGUCCGAAUUCAUGUAAUGUCCGAAAUAAAUAAACUACUAUAUAUAUAAUAUAGAAUUAAUAUAGAUCUAGUUUGUUACUCUAGACUACUAGCUAGAGUACUCUAGUUCUAGUCUAGUAGUAGUUCUAGAGUCUAGACUCAGUCAGUCGUCUCUCUGAGUCUCAGUGACAGUCAACUCAGUCUCAGUGACUCUCAACUCUCAGUGACUGCUCAAAAAUUCAUAAAAAUAUGGCGACUGUUGUCACUGACAGAGAUGAUGAGUAUUUUAAAGAAUGUAAAGUCGAGGUAGCAGGAAAGAAGACUCGAACACAUGUAAAUCUAGAUGGUGUCUUCUGGACAAAUAGUGAAAAAAAUCAGUGGCUUGUUGGAUUAUUUAUUGGAACAGCCAUGUUGUACUCUGCCAGGACACUGAUGCCUCUUUGUGUUGUGCCAUUGUCAGAAGAGAUGGGUUGGGAUAAAACAGAAUCAGGAACAGUUUUGUCUGCUUUUUUCUGGGGCUACACUAUGACGCAGUUUUUAGGAGGAUAUCUGAGUGAUAGGAUUGGUGGGGAGCUAGUCUUACCAGUAGCUGCAUGCGUUUGGUCAUUGAUCACAUUUUGGACACCUCAGCUAGCAUAUCUCUCAACAGACAAGCAUAACUCUCUUUACAUUGUUGUGUUGUCUCGAGUUCUUUUGGGAAUAAGUCAGGGUUUUCAUUUCCCUGGUAUGACAAGUAUUAUUUCAAGGAAAGUUUCAGAGCAUCAAAGAUCUUUUUUAUUUAGUGUUGUCGCUUCAGGUUCACAUUUUGGAACUCUUAUUGUUGGCAGUAUGGGCUCAGUACUAAUGGAUUACUUUGGUUGGUCUGUACCUUUUUAUAUCAUAGGCUUGAUUGGGUUAUCCUGGAUGCUUUUGAUGCGCUAUAUGUUAAUGGCUAAGCAGCGCAGCAGAUCUGUUGUUUCUCAUAAAGAGAGCUUGUCACUUGACAAUGAUAAAUUCAAACCAGAACCAAGAACAUCAGUGCCAUGGGUAUAUCUCUUUACAAAGCCAGCAUUUUGGUCAAUUUUAGUUGGUCAUUUUUGUGAAAACAAUGCAUUUUUCAUUUUAUUAUCCUGGAUUCCAACCUAUUUCCAUGAAAACUUUCCAACUGCCAAGGGUUGGGUCUUUAAUGUUGUACCCUGGGUAGUUACUAUACCAAGUUCUAUUGGUAGUGGAUGGCUGGCUGACAAAAUGAUUACUAAAGGUUAUAGUGUUACCUUUGUGAGAAAAACAAUGGAGACAGUGGCCUUAUGUGGAACAGCCUUUUUUCUGUUUAUGAUCUCUUAUGCCAGUAGUUACACAUCAUGUUUGAUAGUCAUGGCUCUUGCUGUAGCAUGCUGUGGCUUUCAUAACAGUGGUAUCUUUGUGAAUCCACAAGAUAUUGCUCCAAAACAUGCAGGAUCAAUAUUUGGGAUAAUGAAUAUGGCAGGAGCAAUACCAGGUUUUGUUGGAGUUUAUAUUGCAGGACAUAUACUUGAAGUGACCAAAAGCUGGAAUGCUGUUUUUUCUCAGACGGCUGUCAUAUGUUUAGUUGGAUGGGCAGCUUUCACACUGUUUGGUACUGGGAAGAAAAUUGUGUGAAAAAUCCAGAAAUGAUCUAAAGACAGUACUACUCGGUGAUACUUAACAUUAGACAACAUGCUGUGUUUUAAAUUGUUAGAUAUUUUAUAGAUAACUCAAUAACAAACUAUCAUGUAUGCUUUGUAAAUAAUAGUCAAAACAUUUUUGUAAUAUACUUUGGGACCAUUGGUCAUGAUAUUAAUUGUUAACUGGUGAUUUAAAUUGUGGGAUAUCUUAAAGCUUUGUUAAUGUGUUGUUGUUUUUUUAUUGAAAAGUAUGUAAAAUCUUAUAUUAAUAAACCUUAACUCUUUAACAUAAAAAAAAAGAAACAUUUUCUACUUUUCUUUUCUUUUUUUUUAUUUUCACACUAUAUUCAUUUGUCUUUUUUUUUUUUCCUUUUUUAAAUUAAAUUUUAUCUAUGGGAUUUUUUUUUCUUUUGAUAUUUGAUUUAGUUUUUUUGUCAGUAUUGUAAAAAAAACAACACAACAACAAAACUUUGUUUAACAAGCUAAUAUACUAUCAUUCUCUUUCAGACUUGAAUCUCAUGAUUCAAUAAGUAAUUUGUCUUUUAGUGUCAUAAAUAUUUCACUUCCACACUUAGUUAUUAAUUUGUUUGUCUUUACUUGUAGUUUAUAUAGUUUCUUGAGCAUAAUCACAGUAGCAGACAAAUUUUAAAAAGUAUCUACAAAAUGUGGGAUAAUGAAGAUAAUCUCUAGUUUUUGGGUUGUUUUUUUACUUACAUGAUGAAAUGUCUUAUAUUUGUAUAAAUGGAAAAAUGGUUGCCUUCAUAAGUUCAUGGAACCAUUGAGAGCUACAAGGCAAUUUUCAAAUGUAAACUUUCUUCAAUGAAAGUGAAAAAUAAAAAUGUUGUGAUAAUUAUUGUGAUACUUGUAACAACAUUUGCCUGAAACUUAAAAAGAAACAUUUCAGGUUCAAUGUCUGAGUAAUUUAGUACAAUUGAUUAAAAAAAACACAUACAAAGGACCAUAAUAAUUAGAAGUAUGAAAUGAAUGGAGCUAAUCCUUAUUGUACUUUUUGACUUGGCAGCAGUUAAAAGUUAAAGAAUGUAAAUACGAUUGAUAUUUUAGUAGCAGUAAGUUAGUGUUUGUGCUGCCCAAAAGAUUUGAAAUUAUUUUUUAUAAAUGCAACUGGAAAUAUACAUAACACAACACAACAACAUGACUUUAAAACAAAUGUAUCAACAAUGCAUAUUGUAAAAAUUCUGAAUAUCUUGUGUUGAAAUUUUGGAUGAGAGUAUUUUCUCAACUCUAAUGAAUAUUUCUUAUAACCUACUAUCUCUUUAGGCUAUAGGUAAUUGGUCUAUUGUGUUGGCCAUAGAACCCCUGUUUUAACCCUUCCAAAUGAAUACACUCCUAAUCAAAUGUUUUAUUAUGUUUUUAUCUUAUUAGAUUUGUAUCUGGCUUUGGUAAAACAAGUGUCUUGACUAGAACUUACAUUAGGUUUAAAUGAGUCCAGUGAGUGCUUAUAUUAGUAACUUUUGACUUUUAGACCAACACAUUUCACCUUGUGACUUAUAACCUUUUUUUUUACAUAUAUAUAUUUUAGGCCCACUUCACUGUUAUUGUCAUGUACUUACAAGAUUAAGUAGACAUAUAUUUCCUUUUUUUUCUCAUCUUAUAAAACUUUUGUAAGUUAUGUUUGUAUUUCAGCAUCUAUUUGUUACCAAAAAUGGUUUAAAAAAACUGCCAAAACCUAUUUGUCCUAUAUGAGAAUAUAUUAGGCACCACUUAUAGUCAGGGCUGGGUUGAAGUAAGUGGAGGUCAGGAGGAGGCCCCUACACUUUGUCAAAAGCCUUCAUGAAAAACUCACUUAUUAUGAAUAAGAAUACUUGUUACUAAAAUCAUGCCAUGUUUUAGAGGAAAGAGAGUAUAUGUACAUUUUAUCUCAUUUCCUUUUUUUUUUUUUAAACAAAAAUAUUUAAUAUGCAUAUUUUGGUUUAAACUAAUGUAUGUUUUUGUGGGUUAUGCACUGCUGUAAAUCCAGAGCUGCUUUUGUAUAUUAUGAGCACAAAACACACUACAAAUGGACACUUAUUAACUACAACAGUGUUGCCAACUGUAAAAUUAAAAUAGUUGGUAAAAAUGCAAAUACUGUUUUUAAAAAGCUUGUAAAAGAUGCUGACCCUUUAAAAUACUGAUUUAUUUUCACUAUUGCAAAGGCCCUUUCAUGUGUAGUCCCCUGGCCUUCCUUAAAUCUGGCCCUGCUUAAAGUUGAGGCUUAAUUCAUCAUGAUAGAAGCCACUGAAGGAUAUUCUGCUACUGAUUCCUACAAUGUAAUAACUGCCACUGUUUAUUGUUGACUAUUAUAUUAAAUAAAAUUGUUUUAACUUUAUGCAUUACAAGAAUUUUCUUUGUGUGUUUUAAUUUCUACAUUGAAUUUUUUAGUGGCUCUUAAAAAAAACUAAGCCACACUUAGUUUUGUGUAGUCUUGUCGUGCUGUCAAUCUAUCACAUUGAGAACUGAAAAAUGUUUUUAGUAAUGGAAGAAGAUAACAUUGUUGUUAAUAA